AAAAAGGCACCUGACGGCUGUCUCCCCCAAGAUCACUGGAUCCAGAGCCAGCCCCGAGCCUUCCCAUUCUGCCACCAUGAAGCUCACCAUCACCCUCGCCCUGGUCACCCUGGCUCUCCUCUGCAGCCCUGCAUCUGCAGACAUCUGCCCGGGAUUUGCCCACGUCAUUGAAAACCUCCUCCUGGGCACGCCCUCCAGUUACGAGACAUCCCUGAAGGAAUUCCAACCUGACGACGCCAUGAAAGACGCAGGGAUGCAGAUGAAGAAGGUGUUGGACACCCUGCCCCAGACGACCAGAGAGAACAUCAUAAAGCUCACGGAAAAAAUAGUCAAGAGCCCACUGUGUAUGUAGGAUGGAGGAAUCCGAGGCCCUGCGGACUGAGAAGCCAGAGAUUUCCACCUGCUGAAGCCCCUGCUGCUGCCCCUGGCCCCUUGGGUCCCCCCACCCACCCA